UCCUCCACUGGAGGGCGCUGUAUCUCAUCUAGUGACGCGUGCCGCGUUUCUCUACUUUGGACCUCGUGGAAAAAUAAACGAUCUGCGACCGUGAUGCUUCACUCGCUCAUUUCAUCCAGAGAUCUAAAGUGGGGAAAGUCCACCGAGUAGCUGCUGUUUGGUUCGAUUAACGGAACGGGAAGUUGGGAACACCACACGGAGGAACGUUUGUCUGAAUCAAACUCACUCGUUGACUUCUGUGAAGCAGCGCAUGGCAGCUCAUAACCCCCCCAGCCUCUCCAUGUGUGCGGUCCUACAGUCCUGACGCUAUCUGGGACCAGCACCAGAGGGAGUUCUGCUAGUCUGAUCACACUGGCACCAGUGAUGAGUUCAGAUGUUCAGGAUCCAUCCAGUUGGUGCUGACGUUAUUGAAGAAGCUACUGUGAUUGUUUUGUGACACCACUCAGAACUGCCGUGUCAUGCCGACCAACCAGUCCUCCCCCUGGACCGGAGGGAUACACCGGGUUUGUCCUGGUGCCAACGUCCCCCCCACCUCUGCCCCUGUUCCAGGUGCAGCCACGGAAACUGCUUCCCAUCACAAACCCCUUAAACCACCCAGCUCUAAAACCCAAACCGAACCAGUGGGCUCUCUCAUUUUUUCUGCCCCUCCCUCGAUUCAGAUAUCAGUGCGUUCUGGUUCUGUUACCUGGGAGAAGGUAGACAUAAAUAGAUCAAACACCUGCACUCAAAGUUCUGGUACUGAUGGAUUUCUGAUUCAGCUCAAACAAAGUAACAUGAUUCAAAGUUCAAAUCAGGUACUGGAACCCUCAGGACUCUCCUGGCCUUCCUCUGUCUGCAAGGAGUUCCAGCUGACAGGGGGGGCUCAGGAGUCCGUUCAGAACCCAUCUUCUCAGCUUGGGCUCAGUCCUUCCAAGAGGAGGAGUCCUCCUGGUGACACAGCAUCAGGGCUUCAGGUCCCAGAGCAGCGCAGCAGUCCGAUAAUGCAAGAGGCUGCAGACCGUCUCUCCUCACCGUCCGUGCCUCUCCCGUGCCUUAGUGUCGGUAAAACUCAGGCAACAGCUUCCUCUACCUCCAGAUACAUCAGCAAGAAACCAAAGACAAAAAGCACAACGAGACCAACAAACGCUGCACGAAGGAGCACUUCAGCCAAAACGGCAACAAAAUGCAGGAACAUACUGAAGAACCAGGCAGCAAGAAGCUGUUCAAACAGCCAGCUGGUCAUUAAAGGAGCUUCUCGAGCCACAACCAGCAAGACCCAAAGGAUGGCUCCACAUCGCAAGACCAGGCAGGACCCCCCAAAUCCGAACCCCCUGGGAAGGAGCAAUUCCCUGCCAUCUGUGUUCAGAACUGCUCAGCUAGAUGCUGUUAAAGGUUCUGCAGAUGUGGUCCCGAGUCCAGCUGGAGCUUUAGUAGGUUCUGUGACCUCUCAGAUCUCAGCUAUCCAGCUCACCAGGAGAGGACAGCCCUCCUCCUCCCCCUCAACUACAGAGGACCAAGUGAUUGAAGAAGCUCAGCCGUGGAGGUCUGGAUGUAAGAUGCAGGUUGAUGGAGUGGAGGAGGAGCCUCCUGAUUGGCUGGAGAACCUGUUCAGCGACCACGAUGGUUCAGACUGUUCUGUUAUUGAUGCUUCAUCCACAGCAUCCACCCCUCCUGCUAGCGUUGAGGAACCGAUGGUAGUGGAAGAUGACAAUGGAGAGGAGCGAGCAGCACUUGUGCCCAGUUUGUUCCCACUCAUGCCUCCAACACUCUACUUCAGCACAGCCAAUGAGAAAGUGGAGCUGCUACCUGCAGAGCAGAGACGACUGCUGAAAUGGAAGAUGAGCACUGUAACUCCCAACAUCGUCAAACACACCAUCGCCAGGUCACACUUCAAAGCCACCAAGAGAAGCCAUGACUGGUUAGGCUGCUGGGGACACCACAUGAAGUCUCCAGGCUUCAAAGCACUUGGCGAACACCAGAAGCUGAACCACUUCCCAGGAACUUUUGAGAUCGGCAGGAAAGAUCGUCUGUGGAGGAAUCUGUCAAAGAUGCAGCUUCGUUUUGGUAAAAAGGAGUUCAGUUUUCUCCCACGGACAUUCAUCCUUCCUCAGGACAUCAAGCUUCUCCGAAAGGCCUGGGAGGACGGCGGCUCCACACAGAAGUGGAUCGUCAAACCGCCUGCAUCAGCCAGAGGGAUGGGGAUCCAAGUGAUCCACAAGUGGAGUCAAAUGCCCAAGAAGAGGCCACUGCUGGUCCAGAAGUACCUCCAGAAGCCCUACCUGAUUGGGGGAAACAAGUUUGACCUGAGAAUCUAUGUCUACGUGCCCUCCUAUGACCCACUCAGGAUCUACAUGUUCUCUGAUGGACUGGUCCGCUUUGCCAGCUGCAAGUAUUCAUCUUCCACCAAGACUCUGGGUAACAAGUUCAUGCACCUGACCAACUACAGCGUAAACAAGAAGAACUCUGAGUAUCAGACCAACAGCGACAACAAGGCCUGCCAGGGACACAAGUGGGCUCUGAAGGCCUUGUGGCUGUAUCUGGGCUCAAAAGGCAUCAACACCACCCUGAUCUGGGGCAAGAUCAAAGACAUAGUGAUCAAAACAAUCAUAGCCUCUGAGCCAUAUGUCAACAACCUCCUGAAAAUGCACGUUAAAACAACGUACAGCUGCCACGAGCUGUUCGGCUUCGACAUUAUGCUGGAUGAGAACCUGAAACCCUGGAUCCUGGAGGUCAACAUCUCCCCCAGUCUUCACUCCAACUCAGAGCUGGACAUUUCCAUUAAAGGCCAGAUGAUCAGAGACCUUCUUAACCUGGCUGGCUUCCAGAUUCCUCAGAGAGAAAAGGAGAUCUCCUCCUGCACCAGUGCCUCCAGCUCCUCUAAUAGGGAGAGGACCAAACCUGACUUGUCUGCUGAUGAGAAAGUGAAACGAGCUUUCUUCCUCACUCAGCCCUCUGCUGACCAGGAUCUCGUUUCCUCGGUGUUGGAUGUUUUGACUCCGGAGGACGUGCACGUGCUGGCAGAGAGUGAAGAUGAGCUGAGUCGUCGAGGAGAGUUUGAACGUAUUUUCCCAUCACAAUCGUCAUCACGCUACCUUCGUUUCUUUGAGUGUCUAAGAUACCCGAACAUCCUGCUGGAUCAGUGGGAGCAGAAGUACUGGAACAAUCGGACCAAAUGUAUCAGUUUGUUGAAGAGCUUCUGUGAAAAAGGAGUCCACCUGGGAACCAGUGACCCUGCUCACAUGUGGUCCAGGGGUAACUAUAAUUUUUGGUCAGAACGAGAGAAACCAACCGUGAUGAGCCCAUCGAGGGUUCUGGUCAGCCACCAAAGGGCCACAGACGAGGACCUUUUGGACUCAGAGGUAGUGACAGUGUCCAGUCUGCCUGGUUUGCUGAGUUCUGGAUCAAGUCCUGGAUCAAGUGUGAGCAGCAGUGCCUGUUCCAGCCCUCAACCCAGCCUCACCCAGAACCUGCUGUCCCAGCAGUUCUCCCUCUGAAAUCUGGUACCUAACACAGACAGUCUGGACUAGAGCUCAGAGCCCCAGCUGUGACCAUCAAAGGGCUACGUGAACACUGAAGUUCUCAGGAGAACCUGGAGACCUCACCCAGUCCAACAGCCAUGUGUAGAAGCAGGACUCACCUGGAACGGGUUUUGUACUCUGACCUUUAAAAGAUCUCUUUGUUGGACCCUCACUAGACAGACUGUUAGAUUGUCAGGUUUACACGGGUCACAUCCAGGGAUCAGCUGGAACCAGAACCAGCUCAGGACUUCUGCAGACAUGGUGAGACCAGUUAGAGCUUCUACAGGUCCAGGGACCAGGUUUUUGUUGGUUCUACAGGACAUAGACCUAGUUUCUGUAGAUUUAGGUUCUCGUGUCUUACCACUGAGGCCUCUGCAGUGUUUACAGAUCACACACAGGUCGGUUUCCUCCUAACAGCUGUGCUGCAAUGCUGUUUUAGCUGCUGCUAUCACAGUCCUACAAGCCUUAUGAAGUGUGUGUGUGUGCGUGUGUGUGUGCGCGUGCAAGUGUGUUGAACUGCCAUUUCUCAGAUGAGAUCGCCUGGUUUUUAUAGCCGGAUGGUUCUAAAGAACGUAGGGUUACGUUAUGUAAACCCCGGUUCUUUGAUAACAGAGUGAGGUGUUUCAUUAUGGGAAUCGCCCUGGCGUGACCAACUACGAAAGCUCUAAACACAUCACGUCUGUCCCUGACAGCGGUUGUGCCGUGUCCAGGCUCCGCCCACCCAGUAUAUCCACAGCCAACCAACCCCUCCUAUUCAUUCGUAAGAUUUCUUACCGUUAAUGCAAGAAGGGAAUUGUUGGUGAAACACCUCACUCUGUUAUCAAAAAACCGGGUUUACAUAACGUAACCCUACGUUCUUUUUAUAACUUUGUUCAGUGUUUCACUAUGGGAGAUACAGCCCACUCCCGGAUUGCAUGUCCAUCCCGAAGCGAGCUGCAGCAAAAUUCUGCUUAACCACUAGGCAGAAGCUGUGCAUCCUGCCUCCAGUACUGAAUGCGUCAGUGAAGGUUGAGACACAUCCAGCCUGUAAAACCACACAAAAGUUAGCGGCGUGGCCCAGCUAGCUGCUGCACAAAUAUCCUGGACUGACACACCAUGAAACAGGGCCCAAGAUGUGGCCGUGCUCCUUGUAGAAUGAGCCCUCACCCCCACAGGGGGUUCAGCACCCGUACACCUAUAUGAAAGGCUGAUUGCUUCUACAAUCCAGUGUGCCAGUCUCUGGCUAGACACAGGCUUGCCUUUAUGGGGCGUGGCCCAAAACUGUUCUAAUUUUCUGAAACCAGCAGUCCUGUCCAUAUAAGCCCUUAAAGCUCGAACCGGGCGGAGACAAUUAAGCUUCUGCUCUCCUGCUGAGGAAAAAGGAGGUGGGUGAAAAGCCAGCAGCUCCACAGGGGAGCAGCUAUAAGAUGACUCCAUUACUUUAGGCACAAAGUGGUGACUGUUCCUAGCGAAGUGUACCAAGUGACUUGGAAGCACUUACUCAGCGCAAAUCCAGACAGCGAUGGGACUGCGUUCGGCAACGUAUCCUCACGGUACGCCUGGGAACAGUUGAGCAGCUAGCCAAGAUAGCCUGAAAAUCACUGAAAGAGCAAAGUAGUGUCUCACGGGAAGAAAGCGAGUAUGAGUAGGAGGGGUUGGUUGGCCGUGGAUAUGCUGAGUGGGCGGAGCCUGGGCACAGCACAACCGGUCUGUCAGGGACAGACUUGAUGUCAUUGGAGGUCACACCAGGGCGAUUCCCAUAGUGAAACACCGAAUGAAGUUAGCAAAAGAACCUAGUUUUCCACAUGACUUGAAGGUAGAGCAUCAGAAGAACAGCAGCUUAUCACCAUCAUUUUGUUCUAAAGGGUGUCUAACUCAGGUGUAUUGGUGAGUUAUACUAACGUUCUGAUUCAGUGACACCAGAAAACAAAAUCCUGGUGGUGUUUAUAUUCCACCAAAGGUCCCUGAUAUUAUCAGACCAUAAUAAUAUCUGCCACCUCAGCAGAGGUUACUUCAGGUCAUCUGUGUUUACGUGAGUUGUUAUUGUUUACAGUUACAGAGUGUUCAGACGGAGCAGGUGCUGAAAAAAAAAACCUACAGAUUUAAUCUGCAGCGUUUCACUGACCGGACAGAAGUUUGAGGCUCAUAUAUCUGAUGUAGGAACUAAUCUGAUUCUUGGAUCAGUAAUUGAUUAAUCUGAUGGAACAGUUUUCUCACUGAUAGUAAUCUGGUGUCCCUGUAGUGAGCCGAUCAUUUAAUGAACUUCGUCCACCACCUGCACAGUGAAGAAAAAACAGCUUGAUCUCCAAACCAGCUGGUGUGAAGCUGCUCUUGGUCCGUUUCUCCUGAUGCUUCCAUCUGGUGACCUCUGACCUCCGCUGACAGAGUUUAACUCAAGUGCACAUUUGAUUCAACAGAUUUUUGUUGCUGUUGAAAAUAAAAUUUACUUUCUGUACAAA